GUCACGAUGACAGAUGUCACGUCAUUGCACGGCCAUUCGUAUAUCAGUAACAAAUUGUAAGGCGUUGUGAAUACAUUGAAUAAUCUAAAUAAAAGUUAAAUCAGUGAAAAAAUGCCUCGACGUGGACGUUCAGCAAGUCCGCCACCAGCGCCCCAGCGCAGGGCUUCACCACCACCGAGCAGGAAUGUUCCAGCACAUGCUCCUCCAUCGAGCCCUGCUCCCGCCGCGGCCGCACAGCCCCAGCAACCAUCUCUCUUCGGACAGAUGGCGGCUACGGCUGGAGGAGUAGCGGUCGGAUCAGCUGUGGGUCACAUGGCUGGUAGUGCUAUAACUGGUAUGUUCAGUGGAGGCGGAAGUAGCGAGCCUGCACCACAGCAACAGCCUGCCGCUCAGACUUACAACCAGUAUCAAAACCAGACACCGCAAGGUCCCUGCGCCUGGGAGAUCAAACAGUUCAUUGAGUGCGCCCAACAGCAGCACGAUCUCUCCCUUUGCGAGGGUUUCAAUGAGGCUCUGAGACAAUGCAAAGUUAACAACCAUAUUUAAACAGGCAUUUGGAAGGUGUUGCUUAUUUUGCAAAUUAAUCAUGAAAUUUUCAUUUCGUAGUUUGUUUCUAUCUAAAUUGUGCCAGAAAAUUUCAAAGUCCAUUUAUUUUUGGAAGAUUUAUUUUAAGAUAAAGACAUUCAAUCUUAAUUGUCAAAUACAACACCUUCCUAGUACAUUUAACCACCUAAUGUGAUAGAUAGAUUUCUUUGGGCGGGAGGGCGGUCAAAUAUUUUAGUUAUCAUAGUCCUUUUAUUUUAUUAUUUAAGACAUUGUUAUUGUGAUGUAGAAUUACAUAAUUCUAUUGCUGCAAUUUAUCCAAUUGUUUUACGUAAUUUUUAGUCAGGUUUACAGACAAUAAACAUAAAAACCUUA